AUGGCCGCCUCCGGAUUGGCCGCCUCAGCCUCUCCUCCCGGUCCUGCCACUAUGCCUUCGAUGUCAGCCGCCUCUUCUGACACCCAUAGCCCCACCGAUGCUGCCAAUAGGGUGAUCAAGCGCCGUGCACCUGUUGCUUGCCGCAGUGUCUUUCCUUCUCGUGGCGCUCCCGACCUAGACCGCGAGUACCGGCACCCGCGCAUGAAAGGCGACAAGGCCCGGAAAGAAGGUACUAGGCCUGUUCGGUCUGACAGCGUCGGCUUUCACCACAUACCCCCUGAUCCUAGCUUGCAUGAUAUUACCAACGAUGCAGAUCCGUGGGAUCUGCUUCCGCCACUGCAUCUCAUAGUAGAUGCUGUCAACAUGUUCACACACCAAUACUUUCAACUGGGCUUCAUUCCAAGAGACACCUUUGCGGAAAUCGUGCGCAAUGACACGCGUUCUGUUAGCCCAUUCCUGCUGUUUAGCAUUCUCAGCGUGUCGGGACGCUUGACAGACUCUCUUGUCACUACCUUUGGCGAUACUGAGACUGCGUCCGAGCUGUUUAUGAGUCGGGCCUCGGCCAUGGCCCUCAGAGAGCUGUACGAAGAACCCACUCUGGCCCGGUGCCAGGCAUUUUAUCUGCUGAGCCUUGCCCAGCAGGGCAGUGGAUACAAAAACAAGAGCUAUGUCCGCCAGCUUAAUUUGGGAAUCGCUAUUCGCAUGGCCCUUCUCAUGCAGCUUCAUCGGGAGGAAACUUAUGUGUUGGAAGAUUCAACACCUAGCAUGAUCCAAGAAGCGGAGUCGGCUCGAAGAACUCUGUGGAUGCUUUACAGCCAAGAUAACCUGCACUCAGCACCGUCAGCACCAGUAUCCCUCGCCGCCAGCGACAUCACCACGCUGCUACCUUGCAACGAACGCGACUUUGCCGACGGCAUCCUACCCAAGAGACGUGCUGCUUUGGAGGACACACAGCCAGCCAUUGAAAACCCAUCUCUCGUCAGGGUUCCUGAGCGGUCGCUAUUUGGCACACUGAUCCAGAGCCACCGACUAUGGGGUAUCGUCAGUCGGCGCGCCGUCCGCAACGCUAGAUGCAUGGACCCCUGGGCAGACACCAGCGAUUACGCCCAGAUUCAGAAACAGCUGAGUCAAUGGGAGGACCAGCUACCUCCUGACCAUCUCUGGAGUCCUGCACAGUUCAAGAAAUCAAAAUCCGAAUCCUACGAUUUGGCGUACCUUAUUGUGACCAUGGUCACGCGCUUAUGCAAUAUUAUCAUACGAAGAACAUACCUCCCCAGUAUGCUCCAACAAGGGGGGAAUAGCUUAACCGAGGGCUUUUGGGGCGAUAUGUCCUUGGAGCUAUUUGCCAACGUCAAAGACCUCUUCACCCAGAUUGACGUAUGGUUCCUGGAGAGGCGGCCGGGUGACAGUACAGGCGCCCAGAUGGCGAUUUUUUGUGUUUACAGCUGUGGCCUGAUGGCAGCUUACCUCUGCAAGUACCCACACGUUUGCCGCAAAUAUGCGCCUGAAGGAAAGCAUAUGUUUGAUCGCACACGGGACAUAUUAGCACAGAGCAAGACGGUUUGGCCACUGGCCAAGCGCUGGCUUGGAAGUCUAGAGAGGUUUUUCACAGUCGAUCAGAAGAACAUCAGCAACAUCGCGUCCGGCCAUCUCGAGGGCAGCAUGGCUGAGGGUAAAGACCCGAUCCCGUCGGCUCUGCACCCGCCGCUCACCAAUUCGAGGCCAUCGGGCCCGCCAAAGACACCUCUGGACGACAGACAGUACGUGGCCAAGCAGCUACGGCCGGACAGCCCGCAUGUGCGGUCUGCUAGCCCUGGCAACAUCUCCAAUAGCGCCAGCGCGGCCCAGAGAUUGCCUCCACAGCUCCGAACAAAUGACUCACUCCUUAACGGACGGAUGCGGCUGCCACCGCCCAACCCAUCGCCAGUUCUGGUGACAACGACGAUAACGUCUGCACCACACUAUUCGACGGCACAACACCCACACUCACAGCCCGCGCAGUUCCUCCCACAGCAACUGCAAUACCAGCUGCACCAGCCGCCACCUCAAGCGCUGUCUUUAUCGACGUCCCAAUCGAUGGUUCCGAUGCCCCUCCCGCAAAUGCAUACUCAACCGCUACCACAAUCGGUGCCACAUUCGCCGAUGCACCACAUACCUGAUGACCCUGUAACUGCCAAUGCUAGCACGGGUGUUCCCACCAUCACGACUACGCCAACAAACAUGACAACCGCCCUGAGCCCUUCCAUGACGUCCGCUGUCACACACAGCAACAUCGAUUUGCUCGUGCGAGCCUUUGACCCGCCUUCAUCUUCCCAGAUAUCUGUACCACACGCGGGCGUAUCAUACUCCCACUUGCCACAGCAGGUUCUUCUCUCAGACGGAACAACCGCAACUGCGCCCUUUUACGAGCCUUCGUACGCAGUGCCAGUCAAUGACGGGUUCGAGAACGAGCUUGCUUUCAUGAUGGUAGGAUCAGAGACUUCGGCAACGACACCUUGGGCGCCGAGCUUUUUCCGAUACUAA